UUCCUCUCCUGAACGAACAUGGAUCUGCGCAUCACCAUUGCACUUCUCUUCAUACUCAUCACUGGAGGAUACUCUCUCCAGUGUUAUGUGUGCACGUCUGUUCUGAGUAAUCUUUGUAAUACAACACAGACAUGUCCUGCUGGAGUGACCCAAUGUUCAACUUCAACAGUGACAACUCUUGUUGGUUCUCUAUCUAAAACUAAAGCUUGUGCAGCCGCCUGUCAAGCCUCGACCAUAGACACUGUGUUAGGGUCAACUUCUACCAAGUGCUGUAAUACAGACCUUUGCAAUGGCGCAGAUGGAGGCUAUAAGGGCAGUUUUCUCCUCCUACUGUGUCCAGUGUUCUUCUACUCUCUGUUUCACUGAAUUUAGCACAACUUCAGAUUCUUCACAAACAACAACAACAAAAAAUAGAAUGUGACCCAAUUUACUAAAUACAUGACUAAAUUAAGUUGUUUGUUGCCUAACCUAACGUUUAAUAAAAGUUAUAUCUUAAAAGU